CCUCAGUUGACCUUCAGUAAGCGAGUAGAUUUGAUUUACUCACAUGAUCUCAAACAUCAGUGGUUGGAACUCGCAGAGUGACUUAAUUCAGUUGACAUUUUUAACCAAGAAGAAAUAAAAUGCCUUCAUCCAAGACAUUUCCUGAUUGGCUGGAAUCGGUACAUAAUAAACGCACUUCUUUCGCAGAAUCUGCUAGGACUGUCAAAUUCUGUAAGUCAAGAAUAAGGCACCUUUCUGGACCGGAGAAUUUUCCAGAAAAAAGUAAUGAAGCCGGACAUGGUGGUGUACUUUAUUGGAUGUCCCGUGACCAGAGAGUUCAAGAUAACUGGGCGUUUUUAUAUGCACAGCGCUUAGCCUUAAAAUUUGAGGUUCCUCUCCAAGUUUGUUUUUGUUUGGUUCCUGCCUACCAAGCUGAUACUUUGAGACAUUUUAAGUUCAUGAUCGGUGGACUAGCUGAAGUGGAACAAGAAUGUCGUUCAUUAAAUAUUCCAUUCCAUUUGUUAAAUGCUUCUGAACACGUUGUUAAUACUGAAAAUGUAUCAUCUGGAUGUAAAUUUAGAUGGUCAGAUGAGAACGCAUUGUCAAAUCAAACUGAACGAAUACAAAAAGAGUUUCUUUAUGAUGAAAAUGUUGCAAAAGCAGUUGUUAAUUUAGUUAAAUUACUGAAUAUUGGUUGUUUGAUCACAGACUUUUGUCCUCUAAGAGCCCCUCGUUCUUGGGUCAAGAAAGUUGUACAAGAAAUGCCUACUUCUAUUCCUUUUUGUGAAAUUGAUGCGCACAACAUUGUUCCAGUCUGGUGUGGCUCAGAUAAACGUGAAUAUUCUGCACGUACAAUCAGAACAAAGCUGUUUGCACAAUCUUCAGUUUAUCUCACAGAGUUUCCACCCAUUAUUAAGCAUCCAUAUACAUCUGAGAAUACGCCUAAUCCACCGCCUACUAUUGACUGGGAGUCAGUUUUAUCAAAGUAUGUUGGUGACAAAAGUGUCAAACCAGUUGACUGGGCAACGCCUGGUACUCAGGCUGGUUUUAAAGUUCUCUACAAGUUUAUUGAGAAGCGCUUGGAAAAAUUCGAUCCGAACAGAAGUAAUGCAGCCAAUCCUGCUCUGAGUGGAUUAUCACCUUGGUUGCAUUUCGGUCAGAUUUCUCCUCAACGAGCUGUUCUUGAAGUUGUUGCUGUUCAGGAGCAGUAUGGUCGUUCGGCUGAUAUUUUUAUUGAAGAAUGCUUUAAUAGAAGAGAACUAGCUGACAAUUUUUGUUUCUAUACUCCUAUGUAUGACUCGAUUCAAGGUGCAUAUGAAUGGGCACGUGAAACACUGAUGAAACAUGCAACAGAUAAAAGAGAUCCAGCAUACACUAAACUUCAAAUGGAAAAUGCUCAAACAGCUGAUGACCUUUGGAAUGCUGCACAACGUCAACUUGUACGCAAAGGUAAAAUGCAUUGGUUUUUACGUCAAUACUGGGCAAAGAAAAUACUUGAAUGGUGUGCUGAAGGUCCAGAAGCAGCUAUACAGAUAGCAGUUUACUUGAAUGAUCGUUACAGUUUAGAUGGAACAGAUCCGAAUGGAUAUGUUGGUAUUAUGUGGGCAAUAUGUGGAAUUCAUGAUCAAGGAUGGGCUGAACGACCUAUAUUUGGCAAAAUACGAUAUAUGAACUAUAAAGGAUGUUCACGGAAAUUCUCAGUUCCUACUUUUGUAGCACGAUAUCCUGAAAAUUCAGUUGAAUAAUUAAACAUUUUUUUUAUUUUUCUACCUUCAAAACUACUAAAGAUAACAUACUUAUUUUCUUGCAUACAUUUGCAUUUAUAACAUUUUCUUGCUUUAUAUCAUUUCACAGAUAUUUUCAAAUAUUCGCCUGUUUUUAUUUUAAUUGAACAGAUUUCUAAUAAAAAAGAGCCUUUAUUACUUACAUAACUAGUUGU